UGCACAAGGAAAAAUAUUCCGUAUCUAUAGUAAAAGCAUAAGCAUCGAUAUUUUCCACGCGCAGUUUUUUUGUGUGAAAUCCACAUUUCGUAAACGCGACGGAGUGCAGAGAUGAAUACCGAAGCAGAUCUCUUUUAUCGUCGGCUGCCUAAAGUGGAGCUGCACGCGCAUCUCAACGGCUCUGUCAGUUUUGAAACUAUGGAAACGCUGAUAAAGCGAAAGCCGCAUCAGAAAGUCGAGCACAGCAUGACGGCAAUCCGCAGCGGACAGCGCCGAACACUGGACGAAUGUUUCCAAGUGUUUAAAGUGAUCCACCAACUGGUUGAUUCAGAGGAGGAUAUCCUAAUGGUUGCCAAAGCAGUCAUUCAAGAGUUUGCGACAGAUGGUGUAAAAUAUUUGGAGUUGCGAAGCACACCUCGGGAAGUGACUGAAACAGGUCUCACCAAACAAAGAUAUAUCGAAACUGUGCUUGAAGCCAUCCGGCAGUGUAAACAAGAGGAAGUUGACAUUGAUGUCAGGUUUCUUGUGGCUGUGGACCGCAGACAUGGGCCUGAGGUUGCCAUGGAGACAGUGAAGCUGGCAGAAGACUUCUUGCUUUCUAGUGAUGGGAUGGUAGUUGGACUGGACCUCAGCGGAGACCCAACAGUCGGUCAUGGAAAAGAUUUGCUCUGUGCACUUCAAAAAGCGAAGAACUGUGGUCUGAAGCUUGCAUUACACCUCUCAGAGAUUCCUUCUCAGAGGGAGGAGACUGAGCUGUUGUUGAACUUGCCCCCUGAUAGAAUUGGUCAUGGAACUUUUCUGCAUCCUGAAGUUGGAGGGUCGGAGAGUCUUGUGGACAAAGUUUGCAAACAAAACAUUCCCAUUGAGUUGUGUUUGACCUCUAAUGUCAAAGGUCAGACUGUGCCUUCAUAUGACAAACAUCACUUCCAGUACUGGUAUACACGAAGACAUCCAUGUGUUCUCUGUACGGAUGAUAAGGGCGUGUUCUGUACAGAUUUGUCUCAGGAGUACCAGCUGGCUGCGUCCACCUUUGGGUUGAGUCAGGAGGACGUUUGGACACUCUCUCAGCAGGCCAUUGGUUACACAUUUGUCCCUGAGCCAAUCAAACAGAGGUUGGAGCAGAAGUGGGUGGAAUUCAGGUCACAGAUUCUCCAAUGAGGAAUUGCACCUGCAAACUUUAAUCACAGCCCUUCCUCUAGAGAGUCUUUUACAAGUGGCUUUUUAAAUCCUCAGGCACAUUGUUAGAGUUUAACUAUGUCCAUUACUUCUAUUUCAAAUCAUUCAUAUCUGACAAAUGACUGUAGUGUUCGUGGGCAGUUUAAUCAUGAUAUUGAAAAGGGCAUUCAUAAACUACCUGUGUUGUGAACAACAGGGCUCAGACUGUUGAAAUGAAUUUCUAAAUUGUUUAAUAUUUAUGUUGGAUUAAUAUUGAAAAUGUAAAAAAAAAAUGAAAUUACAUGACAAGAAUGAAUGUGAUCUACUCCAUAUUCUUGGAGGAUACAGCAGUAUUUGUUAGUUCUUAGAACAAAACACUUUAAAGUGAUGUUUAACAGUCAUUGCUCUUAAAUAAAUGCUCCAGUAUUAAGCACAAAACACUCGUUUUGUCUUAAGACAAUGAAAAUGUCCUGCCACCAGAGGGCAGCAGUUCCUUUUAAAUGUUUCUGUAUGUUUCUUCAGACUGUCUAAACUUGAAGGGAUAGUUCACCCAAAAAUGAAAAUUCUCCAUUAUUUACUCACCCUCAUGCCAUCCAAGAUGUAUAUGACUUUCUUUCUUCUUCUGAACACAAAUUAAGAUUUUUAGAAGAAAAUCUCAGCUCUGUAGGUCCAUUCAAUGCAAGUGAAUGGUGACCAAAAUUUUGACUCCAAUGGUUAAAUCCAUGUCUUCAGUGAUAUGAUAAGUCUUUUUUUUUUUUUUUUUUUUUUUUACUAAAUCUCCACUUCCACUUUCACAUUCUUCUUGUGUUUUGGCGAUUCACAUUCUUCAUGCAUAUUGCCACCUAUUGAGCAGGGAGAAGAAUUCGUAAUAAAAAAGGACUGAAAUAUUGGUCUUUUACACAACCACAGCUAUCAUUUCACUUAUGAAGACAUGGACUUAAACACUGGAGUCGUAUGGAUUACUUUUAUGCUGCCUUUAUAUGCUUUAUGGAGUUUCAAAGUUUUGGUACCCAUUCACUUGCACUGUAUGGACCUACGGAGCCUACAAGGUUAGUAAAAAAAAAAAAAAAAAAAACAUAAUAUGGCGGUCCCAUAGACAUUCUAUGGCGGUACACUGUUGAGGAGACCAGAAGUCAUUCUUUUUGAAUGGAUGUCUAUGGAGGAGAUGCUUGAGUAUGCUGAAUAAACUUCCUUUGUGAGGAAACAGCCCAUCAGUUAAUUAGUUGACCACCUAUCUGCUAAUCUUCAACAUGUUUUACAAUAAAAAAUCCUUUUGAAAUCAGAA